AUGAUAAGCUUUUUGAUAAUUGGCAUUGCAUUUGCAAUUGGGCACCAUGCGUUCUACCGAUCACUACAGAACACGGAGGUCCGGUCGGCGCCGUAUCAAUUUGCAGGAUGGCAGAUCACACCACAGCAGCUGAACACGGCGGGUGGAACGGCAUUCGCUUUCGCUGUGAAAGCAAGCCUGGUGCUGGCGAUUUCGACGGCUUAUGUUCAGCUGUUUUUCCGGGCGAUCACCAAGGUUAGCCACAGUAUGGCGUGUAUCGACAGCUGGUUUUCUGGAUUAGGCGACAUAACUGCACUCUUUGGCUUGACAACUUUCUGGACGCACCCCGUACUAGCUACUAUUGCUAUGACUACAUGGCUUCUUCCAAUCGCGGCCAUUGUCGCACCAGCGACGCUCUCUGUCAGUUUUGAUCACUUGCCACCUGUUGAGGAAUCCCACUUCGUCCCUGUGCCUGCUUUCGCAAGCUUAAAAUUUGCCGACCCCUAUUCGCAGGGCGGCUAUAAAUCGAGCUUCGAAGUUACCAGAACAGUACAAGCUACAGCUGCCGCUGGCUCAAUUCUUCCAAUUCCGGCCCCUGCAGUGAAUGCUUCCUGGGUUGCUACUAUGCCAGCUCCAAGGUUAGCUUGCGAUAAUGUCGACGACACAAUUCUGAAUGCCAUCAAAGACAACCUUGCAGUCAUGUUGGCACCUUUUGUGAGAUCAACGUACGAUCCGACCGAUCCCGAUUACUCGGGUGACGGGUGGGAGGCGACGGUAUUUGCAGAAAAUAUGCUCAACUAUAUGUCCUGGAGUGCUACUAGCAACAAAGACAUUCGGGCCUAUUCAGAGAUGCCGCCUCUCGAUAUCUAUGACCCAGCUGAGUUUGCCGCUGUAGGCCGGCCAACAGCAUCUCAGUUCGCGGCAAUCGCACUGCAAAUUGGAUUCGACAGGCCCAUCAACAUUUUCCAGGACCUGUUAUACGUAGCUUCCCUGCCCCGUCUGGUGGACACUUGGCAAAACGUGCCUGAUGCUUUCUACGCCUUUAUCAAAGGUUGGAAUGCCUCUACGGCAGACGGAGCGCGCAAAGCUAUGGACUGGGCAUUCGAGGAAGCGUCAGUUGUGCGCUGCAAGCUCGUGCCAUCAGAGUAUACUCUCAGCUUCUCAUACGACGGACCAGCACAAGAACAAAAAAUAGAGAUUCUCCAUGUCAUAGAUGUCGAGAUGGACCUUCACCGUCAGUGGCCAAUGGUUGCCACCGGAACUGCUGAUCCUGGAUGUCUGUAUCUCGUCGAUCGCGACUCUAUUGUCGCUGCCGAAGGCAAGAAUCCGUCCGAAUGCCAAAUUGAUGAUGAAAUUCUACUUCGACAAUCAUACCGGGCUAUGAUGGACAGUUUUGCGAAGCUCACAGUGGGAGCGAUGAACCCCAAAGGCGUGGAAGAGGGAACCGCGAUACUUGCAAGCCCAAGCUCAAUGCUGCCGAAUCGGUCGGAUUCCACCUUUGGACAUUAUCAGUACAAAACCCAAGUACUGGGCACCUCAUUGGCAGACAGUAUAGAGCUAAAAUUGUUGGAUCAGACCGUCGUGGGAGCAGAAGACUUGAUUGAAGCUUACACGGCCUAUGACGCGCCGAACUUGAACGGCCGUGAAUAUGCGACCGUCCUAGAUGAGGCCUACAGUUUACUUCGACCAGCAUCGCAGACUGCUCCUCGCAAACACUUGAAGGACAUGAUUGAAGAACUUUUCUUCAAUGUCUCGAUAUCGAUGGCCAGCUCCACUAUGUUCAGGUAUAACAUAACAGCCCCAAAUGCACCGGGAAACGUCACAGUAACUAUCAACAGAAUGGGUAAUGUCUACUCAUAUUCGGCAGAAAAACUUUGGCUUGCGUACGGUCUAGCCAUAAGCAUCGCAAUCAUCAGCGUGGCUAUCGGGCUCCUGGCAAUUUUUAGAUCAGGCGCCUCAUUUACUCUGAACUUUUCCACGAUCGUUAGAGCGACGAGGACUGCAGAUGUCAGUAUUGAGAUGGACGAGCAAAGCCUCCCUGGGAAAGAUCCCCUUCCCAAAUCCUGGAAGCGAGCCAGGUUCACAAUACAGCCCGUUGCUGCAUACCAGGUCAACAAUCUGAAAUCAGGGCCAUACGCUUCAGUCAAUCAGAAUGACGAUAGACCACCCCAAGCAGAAGAUCAGCUGAGUCCAGAACUACGGUUCGACAAGAGACCUGGAGGCAAUGCUCUCGAGAGAGCCGAAGAGCGACGGUCGCCUCGACCGGGUGCACGCGAGGACAACGAAUGA